AGGUAGAUGAACUUUUAGAAAAGUAUGAAGAGAAUACAAUGUAUGAACUUGGUAAACUGUUAGCUAAUAAAUUAAAUAUACCAUUGAAUGAAGGUAACAACAGUCUACCGUCUUGGUUUCCGCGUAUAACGCCACAAGUUCGUGAUCCUAUUGACAAUUCUUCAUCUACACAAGAUUUGGAUAUUAAUCACCAUCAUCAUCAGUCUAAUCAAAUGUCAAAUUUGCAGAGAACGCAUCAAGAUCCUAACAGUACUACUACUACUACUACUAAUAAUAAUACUAAUGUCCAGAAUAGAGAUCCGCUUAGUUCUAAUCGAUUCGCAUCAACUGUAAUGCCAACCUCUCCAGAAUUGUGGGAUGAUGAGACAUUUGAUGAUGCAAUAUUAAGUCAUGCUGCACAAUCUUUGGAAAAACAAUUGAAUACUGGCCGAAGUGGCAUACCAAGCUCACGAUGUCAGUCUAUUCCCUCCUUUAAUGAUCCACUUCGACUACCAAAUUUUAUGGCUGAACAACUACAACAACAACAGUCAAGUCAAUCAGAGAUGAGCAGUAUUGAAGAUAGUCUAUGUACUACAAAAAGAGUCGAUGAUGAUGAUGAUCUUGAGGAGGAUGCUGAUGAUGAUGAUGAUGAUCCAUUUUUAGACGAUCAAGUUGAUCCAGAUAUUUUAGCCUCAGCAUUAGCUGAAAUAGAUGAUCAUAAACCCGUGAAAGAUUUGAAUGUUCAACAGCCAAUUGUAAAUGUUGUGAAAUCGUAUCAUUCUACGAUGAAAGUAUCCCCAACUCUGCCAACUGUAGCUACUUCUUCAUCGUCAUCGUCAUCUUUAUCCUUAAUGGCAAAGAGUUUCACACCGAAUCAACCUCCAAAAUUACAGUCAGAACCAAGACAAACUUUGAAACAAACACUUUUAAAUUUAUACACACGUAAUGAUACAUUGACAAAAAGGGAUAUGGAUGCCUCAUCCUCCCCCUCCCCCUCCGCUGCCUCCUCUUCCUCCUCCUCGUCCUGUUUGCCUAAAAUCCAAUUGACCAAACCUUCUACAGUGGAAUCUAUAAAAUCAGCCAUUGUAAAACCUACUACUGAUAUUGAUGAUAGUGAAGAUCUUUUACCUCCAGCGCCUAAACGUAAACCAAUUGAAUUGAAACAAAACACUGCCUCUGUUACUAGUGUUAGCGGUAAUAAAAGUAAUUUGAAAGAUAUACUACGGUCUAAUGUUUCUUCAUCUGGUUUGUCAACGAUGCUAAAGACAGAUGAAGGGAAAUCUAAAACAAGUUUGAGUAGAAACAAUGAUUUCGAUAAUAAUAAUAGUAAUAAUAAUAACAAUAGCAGUAAUGCUGUUGGUUAUAAACCUCAAACAGCUAUUUGUCAGCCUAUCACUACUACUACUGCUUCAUCACAAAGUGAUUAUCGAUUUCAACCAUUUUGUUACAUUCAAGAUAUGUAUCAUAAUCUAUUACAAAAUAAUGUUAAUAAUGGAAAUGUGAACACAGUAUCUUCUGUAUAUAGAAUUCGUGGUUUAUUAAUUAGUUUACUGUCAUCAUUAGAACAUCAUCAUGGUACUAAAUGGACUCUAGCUGUACGAAUUACAGAUGGCAGUGCAAUUGUCGACUUAGAUGUAUCAUCUGAAUUAUUAACUGAAUGGAUUGGCUUGACACCACAAGAAAGUGAAUCAUUGAGACAAAUGAGUCGUGUAGAUCCAAAUUCUUCGAAUUCAUUUGCUGUUCAAGAGGCACAAAAGCAUCGUCAACGUUUGCGUACAGCACUGACAAAUUUUCAAGGCUUUUUAUCACAUUUAGGCGGUUUAUUCACUAUUACCGCACAACAAUCGUCUACGCCAGAUGAUGCUGAUAAAGCGACAGCAUCUGACACAACCGGUGACAAGAAUAGUACUUCAGCUAGACAGUCUAACGAUGAUAAUAGUUAGUAGUAGUAAUAGGACAACUGACAAAGCCAGCCGACCACUUUUGAUUGGUUACAGUGAGUUGGAUAAUUGUUGGUUGAGAGAAUUACACAACCGAGUUAUUACGUGUUAUAGUGAUAAAAAAUUCAUACAAAAAUUAAAAAAAUGUUUUUCAUUAAAUUUGUAAUUAACUAAUUUUUUCUAUUUGUUUCUUUGUUUGUUUCCGAA